AUGGCUUUCAAUUGGUGUUGGCAUGUUGAAUAUGAUGGCCCUUUCCUGUCCCAGCUUCCAAAUUAUCUCAAGGAACUGCUGCUGAGUUACGUUGCUGUCUAUACAAGAGGCUCGUCUCUGAGAGGGUACAUGAAGGGGCUGAAGCCGCUCUUUUUGACCCGGCAGGAUCAGGAUCAAAUUGGCAAGGAAAAUCCGGGGUUCAACGAGUCGAGAGUUGUUGAUGCGGAUUUCAAAAUUGAGCGAUUGGAUUUGGGAAAUGCUCUGGGAAACUGGAUAACUUUGAAGCAGCUCACAAAUGAGAUGACCAUCUCGCCAGAUCCAGCCAUGGGUGUCCCAAGCGACGAAAUAGAGGAUUUUGUACCAGCGUCAUGGGAUGAAGCUGCUCCCACCGGCAGAGGAGAAGCUAUGCUUGAUCAUCUUCCGACUCCGUCCAUUCCCAAGGCCGUUACCCAGACCCCACGCUUCCCCGAACUGCGCGCCCUAUCUCUAGCACACCCGACACCUAAUGCUGCAAGCUGGAACAGUCUCCUAAACCUAGUAGCACAUUUGCCAACCCUCACUCAUCUCUCGCUUGCUCAUUGGCCUAUGCCAUGCCGUAAUCCACGCUAUGUCACUACUCGAAUUCGAGGCCAAGUGGCCCGCUUCUUGACCCCAGACGCCCUUGAUAACAAUUGGGCUGAAGCUGCGAGCAUUCUUCGUCAGCUUUCCCGUUCGACAUACUGCCUGAAAUGGCUGGAUCUCGAGGGCUGUGGCGAAUGGCUGCCAGCCUUGACAUGGGUUGGGAAAGAUCCAGAUGGGUUUCCACAGAACCCUGAUACCGUUGGCCCAGAGUGGAACGGAUCUUGGAGAGAUGUCGAAUGGCUUGGGAUCGGCCCUGGGUUUCUGGAUAUGCCGAAGUCACACGAUUCGUCUCAUGCGCCAUCUCAUGAAGCACCCGCCCCGCACAAAAGCUCCUCUUACUCUACUAUCCAUGCGUACCACCUUCAAAAUGCGUGUGAUGUGAUGAGGCAUAUUCGGCAGGUAAGGAAGGGGAGGAAAUGGCUUGAAAUCGAGCUCGGGUUAGGACUGGAAGACGUUGAAAUUGAGAUGAUCAAAUCCGUGGAUGGGCAGGAAUUAUCGGUUUAUUUUUAA